AUGCGUUCCACUGCAAACAUCGACGACAUUCAGCCAAACACCAACUCGCAACUCACGAUUGCUCAAAAUAAUGAGAAACCAGACCUCUCCGCCAGUACAGAAGAACAAGAACAACCAGCCCUCGAUAUUGUACCGAAUGCGCCUAACCUCAACGAGGUUACUUGGGAUGGCCCUGAUGAUCUCAAUGACCCCCGCAAUUGGUCUGUAGCCAAACGGGCCUACACUAUAGCAGUGGUCAUGUGUGUUCUCAUGUCAACCUCUAUCGCCUCUUCGGCCAUUGCUCCUGGCAUACCCCAGCUGCUCAAGGACUUUCAUUCGGACGAUACAUUUGCCGGAACUCUCGUCGUCUCCAUCGAGCUUCUGGGCUUUGGUUUCGGCCCGCUGUUCUUUGCGCCCAUGUCGGAACUCUACGGACGACACAUUGUGUACAAUCUCGCCAACGUGGCAUUCUGCCUUUUGACCAUUGGCUGUGCUCUCGCUCCCUCGCUCGACUCUCUAGUGGCGCUGCGAUUCCUCCAAGGGCUGGCAGCGUCCUGUUCAAGCAGCCACGGCGGCGGCACUAUUGGCGACCUUGUCCCGGCCCACCGCCGAGGUGCCGUGACGUCCGGCUACACCUGCGCCCUCUUAUUCGGUCCUACACUCGGUCCCAUAUUCGGUGCGUAUUUGACCAGAGCAAAAGGAUGGCGCUGGGUGUUUUGGGCGAUUGCCGUGGUCAACACGGGAGUAACUCUGCUAUACAUGUUUACGUGUCGAGAGACAUAUGGACCUGUGCUCCUCAAGUGGAAGGCCAAGAAACUGAGAAAAGAGACUGGCAACCCGCUCCUGCGAGGUCAAGGUGAACAGCUAUUGCCCGCGGCAAAGUUGCUGAGAAGGUCCAUCAUCCGGCCUACCAGAAUGCUUUUCCUGUCGCCGAUUGUGGCGGGCUUGUCGCUGUACAUUGCGACCGUCUAUGGUCAAGUUUAUCUGCUCUUCUCCACCUUUUCCUUUGUCUUUACAGAUCAAUAUGGAUUCACCGAGGAAAACAAUGGCCUCACAUACCUGGGCCUGGCGAUUGGCAUGCUCAUUUCGCUUCUUAUUGCCGGUAUCGUGUGCGACAGGACUUAUCAACACCUGACCAAGAAAUACGGCGAGGAAAAGCCAGAAUACCGCCUCGAGACAUUGAUUUGGGGAGCAAUCGCAACUCCGAUCGGUCUCCUCAUUUACGGCUGGACAGCUCAGUACUCGGUGCAUCCAGCAACCCCAAUUUUCGCGACUUCUUUUGUGGGCUUUGGUGUGACAUUUACUUUUAUUCCCAUACAGGUGUAUCUGAUUGAUGCUUAUACCAAGUACGCUGCAAGUGCGACAGCUGCCGCGAGUGUGCUGAGGGCCAUUGCCGGGGCGCUUCUGCCGUCGGUUGGCUUGCCCAUGUAUCACAGACUUGGUCUUGGCUGGGGAAAUACCUUGCUGGCGUUCAUAGCGAUCGGUCUCUCGGGGUUGCCCUUGUUAUUUCUACGGGUUGGAGAGAAAUGGAGGACAAGAUUCCCGGUUGAACUUGAGUGA